GGCACUUGAGGACACUUGUUCCAGGGUGCUCAGAAGUGGCCUCACCAGCUAGAAGGGGCCAUGAGCAACCACAAUAGCACCUUGGUGACAGAAUUCAUUCUUCUGGGUUUCCCAGAGCUGUGCCACUUACAAGGGCUGCUCUCUGGGUUAUUCCUCAUUAUCUAUGUAGUGACUGUCCUAGAGAACUUGGUCAUCGUGGGCACCAUCAGUGCUAGCCGGCAGCUACACACACCCAUGUACUUCUUCCUGGCCAACCUGUCUGUGCUAGAGACCCUCUACACGACAGUCACAGUGCCCAAGCUGCUUGCUGGCCUCCUAGCAGGGGCAAAAGCCAUCUCCUUCUCAGGGUGCCUCACCCAGCUGUUCCUCUUUCUUUCACUGGGCUCCUCUGAGUGUUUCUUACUGUCCACCAUGGCUUGUGACCGGUACCUGGCCAUCUGCCGCCCACUGCACUACCCAGCCAUCAUGGAUUCAAAGCUGUGCCUGCAUCUAGCUCUCAGUGCCUGGCUUGGGGGCUUCUUGGCCUCCUUUGUGUCCACAGCUCUCAUCUCCCGCCUCAGGUUCUGUGGCCCCAAUGCCCUAAACCACUUCUUCUGCGACAUCUCGCCCCUGUUGCAACUGUCCUGCACAGACACUGCUGCCAUUGAAAUGCUGGACUUUGUGGCAGCUCUAGCAGUCCUUGCGACCUCUCUGAUAGUGACCUCAGUCUCUUAUGCCCACAUCAUUGCCACUGUCCUGAGGAUUCCAGGAGGGGCAGGCCGCAGGAAGGCCUUCUCCACCUGUGCCUCUCACUUGGUGGUGGUCUUAAUCUUCUACACCACCACCACUUUCAUGUAUGCCCGGCCUCAUGCCAUAAGCUCCUUCGACCUCAACAAGCUGGUGUCUGUGAUUUACUCGGUAGUGACGCCCCUGCUGAACCCUAUAAUCUACUGCCUGCGGAAUCGUGACAUCAGAGAGGCACUUACCAAGCUCCUGCAGUCCCUCAGGUUCCCCUGAAUGCCAGUUGUUGGAUCCUGCUGGAACUGUGGGUCCCUCUGCUCAGCUCACAGAGAUAACCCACCAGCCAACAGA